GGCGGUGGGAGUGGCCAGGUCAGUGCCUCGCCUCCUCCACCAUGUCGCUGCUCCGGUCACUCUUGUCCCUGAUGGUGGUGGUCUGCGCCGCACCUCUCUGUGCGGCGGAGUGGCCCUGUCCGCUCGACAGUGCUAUUUACCCCUGCACAUGCGCCACUACCGCAAGAUAUGAAAUAAACGUGGACUGUUCCAACGUCCAAUCCAGUGACCAGCUGGCAAGGGUAUUCCAAACGCCGUUCGCCUUCCAUGACUUGAAUCGACUCACCAUCGAGCCCGUUGUUCCUUACGAGUCCCUGCUAGACCUGCCUGCUGGAGUGUUCGGUGACGUGAGCUUCAACGAGAUUGACAUCACCAACACGGUCAUCCACACGGUGGAGGAAGAGACGCUCGUCAACUCCCACAACACGCUGGUGCGCCUUAACAUGGAGGAAAACAAGAUCAGUUGGUUCCCCUUCGAGACGUUGAAACUGUACGUGCAACUGACAGAGCUCGACUUGUCGUACAACAAUUUUUCCGGGGUCAUGCCGGACAUCGAGAUGGAAGCUCUCAUCUCCCUCGACUUAUCCGGCAACACGGGCUUCACACUCACCCAGACGGUCUUCAUAGGCUCUCCCUAUCUGGAGGUUCUGCGCCUCAACGACAUGGGUCUGGGGGACACGACGCCGCCCAACGUGUUCCUCACGCUCAAGAACCUGAGGACGCUGUACCUGCAGAACAACGGCAUCCCGGGGACUCUCAUCGAGGACUUCAUCAACACACAGCUUCAGCCGCUCACCGCCGUGCACUUGGACGGGAACUUCCUCUCCCAGAUCCACCCGCUGUCCUUGACGGGACUGAACGACAAGGGGACCAUCUCCUUUAGGAACAACUUGAUCGUGUACUUGACGCAGGAGAGAUGGGAAGGACUCGUGUCUCGGCUCACCGUAGACGCCAUCGACUUGAGAGAGAACCCGCUGGAGUGUGGCUGUGACAUGGCGUGGCUGGUUUUCGACUCGUCAGCCAUGGCCGUCUUUAAUAGCGGGACCACGUGUUGGAACGGGGACCUGGUUAUGGAUGUCUCCGUGCAGUGGUACCUCGAUCACUGCACGUGAAGCCCCAACCAACGCGCCAUCCGGUCGUUACCUGUGCACCGCUGCAGCCUUUGGCACAGUCCCUAACGGCCACUGUGUGUCUCCUAUCCCACAGUUUCUAAUACACUUAAACGUGUCUGUGAAUUAUUUCCUUGUCUUUUUCCAUUCACUUUGGCCUUGAUCUUCAGGAGAUUCCGUCGUAUAUAUUGUUCAAAUAAAGCUGUGUUUUUCUUA